AUGUAUACAAUCGUGUUUCGAGGAACGGGGGCGGGGUCGGAUUCAGCUCGCCAUGCUACAGCCGGUCGCGAGCUCGGCAUCGAUGUGGCUAGGAGGCCUCCGAGCCAUACGCUUAGGCCAAGUCGUCGUGAGGGGAGAAGAAUGUGUUGGCAAUGGUGGGGGCAUGUCGCUGUUGGCGCACGCGAGGACGGUCGAGAUGCGAAGCUGGGUAAAAGGGAUACACGCGGCCUAAGUCUCAUGAGCUACACCAGAGUGACGAUCUGCUUGCCAACGUCGGCUCGUUGGCAGUCCAUUUUGGUCGUGGCUCAUGAUGGGACACCACGGAGUGGUCGGUUGGGUGCUGGAGAGUGUGGGCCGGGAAAUGCAGCGCCCGACUCGGACCGAGGGAGGCAGGGGGGGGAGAAAGGAGAAGCGCAGCCACGAGGGCGCGAUCGGGCGAGGCACUUCGACGGGAACGGCGAGCGAGGCGGGAUAGAGAGGGGUGAGAAAGGAGGAGGAGAUGCGAAGGUGGGCGAAAGGCGCUUUAUAGAGGGGCACAAAGCGGCGAGGGGCUAG